CAAUUGCGCUUGCGCGACUAAGCAAGAUGUCAGCGCCUCUGCGUGCCAUAACGGUGUAGUUUACGUGCAUGUAGUUUCAUGUAGUGGCAGAAUAAGACACUGAAUCAUUCGGUUAUCACUCGAAAACAUUUUUCCUGUAUGUCUAAUUUUGUGUGAUAUCUACCGCUGCAGUUUUUAGGUUAGAAUGUGUUUUGUUACAAAGGGUAUCCUAAUUCCGUGAUUGUCUAAAACGCUGUAGCCAAACAUGUCCUUAUGCUUAAGGAGUUUCUAGGGCAAGGCAAAAAUGCGAUCUUUCAGUACACAGAUCUUGCGAGGUCUUUCAGCCAUACGUACCUUUACUGUUUUUGGCGAAACACGAAAUACCCGCAUUUACUAUGGGGGUUUAAAAUGUAGCCGAUUUAUGCAUACCACAAAAGUAAAUCCCGCAGUAAGUGUGCUAUCUGCCAACGAAAUUUUUAAAAGGAGGUCGUUACAGGACUACUUAAGAAAACUGGAGAGUGAAUAUGUGGACUGUUUGCGAAGUGUCGAACUGAAUAGUGAAGAUCUGAAAUGGAAGAGAAACAGAGUAACGCAUCUAACACCUUUGAUCGACUGUGUGAAGAAACUGGCACAGAAACAGAAAGAGUUUGAAGAAAUCCAAGCCUUACUGAAAGAUGAUGAUCCAGACAUAAGAAAACUAGCAGAAAACGAGAAGACGGCAUGCCAAGAGUCUGUGCAAGAUCUGAGAAAAACGAUCCUGUCCCUCUUAAUCCCUGCUGAGAAGGCUGAUGACAGUGAUCUAGUGCUGGAAGUCACAGCUGGGGUAGGCGGGCAGGAGGCGAUGCUUUUCACCGCCGAGGUGUUCGACAUGUACCGGAGAUUCGCCACCUACCAGGGCUGGGACUUUGAAACGCUGGAGUACAACCCGAGUGACACCGGUGGGCUUCGCUACGGCUGUGCAGCUGUCAGCGGCCCACAGAGUUAUGAGACGAUGAAGUUCGAGGCUGGGGUGCAUCGAGUACAGAGGGUCCCCAAAACUGAGAAGCAGGGGCGCAUCCACACCAGCACCAUGACUGUGGCCGCGCUGCCGCAGCCCACAGAGAUCACGCUGACUAUUAAUGCAAAGGAUUUGAAAAUUGAAACCAAGCGUGCAAGCGGAGCAGGUGGGCAGCACGUCAAUACCACUGACAGUGCCGUGCGAAUCGUCCAUGUUCCCACAGGUGUUGUAGCUGAGUGUCAGCAAGAGAGAUCACAGCUGAAAAACAAAGAAAAGGCCAUGAAAAUGCUACGUGCUAAACUCUAUGGCCUGCGCCUGGAAGAGGAGUCCAGCAAACGACACCAAGCACGUAAAAUUCAGAUUGGUACUAAAGGUAGAUCAGAGAAGAUCAGGACCUACAACUUUGUUCAGGAUCGCAUUACUGACCAUCGGAUUGGGAAAACCCAGCAUGACGUGAGAGGGUUCAUGCUAGGAGAAGAUCUCUUGGAGGACAUGAGCAAAUCAUUGAAGCAGUUUUCUGACCAGGAGAUUCUCAUGGACAUUUUGGGUGAAGAUGGAGCAGAUGAAUAAUGUUUGGCUGUGUAUUAAAAACAAA